AUGACUAUCCCUCCUCAUUGCGAAUACGUACAACCGAUAAAACUUCGAUUCCAGAUGUAUCAAAACAAGUCGUACUUUGAGGAGGAGCGUAUGCCACGGAAGGUUCUGAAACUGCGACACUAUAGCAAAUGUGCCAAUUCAGAGGACAUUCAUGCAGCUGUAGGGAAGUACCCGUUCACAAUCUUUCCCAUCGACAAUGAGACAGACUCGGAGG